CGGGGGUCGGGCCGAGCGCGGCGGGGCCGCUCCGCUCCCGGUCCCGUCAUGCAGGCGGUGGAGCGGGACGCGGCGGCAGGCGGCCCCGAAGGGACGACGGGAGCUGCCGAGGCCCCGCCGGAGCCGUCGCCGCCCAAGGCCGCCGCUGCUUUCGACCUGCUGGAGCUGGUGCGGAGCUACCGGCGGCUGGAGCUCUACCUGGAGCCGCUGCGGGACGCCGCCGAGGGUGUCCGCUCCCUACUGCGGUGGCAGCGGCCUGUGUGCUCCCUCCUGGUCUGCCUCGGCCUCAACUUCCUCCUGCUCACCCUCGGCCAAGCUGCCUGGUACUCGGUGCUGGCCCUGCUGGUGGCCGUGCCGGCCCUGCUGGGCUACCUGCAAGAGACGUGCCGGGCCCGGCCCUCGGAGCCCGAGCUGGUGCGCAGGAGGUACCACAGCAUCCGCAGGGAGGAUCUGCGCAAGGUGCAGCUCUCGCGGCAGGAGGCCAUCGCCCAGGUCAAGAGCUUCCUGAUCCAGCUGGAGGGGUUUCUGAACGGGAUGUGCUGCAGCUGUGAGGCAGUGUACCGUGUGCUCUACUGGGAGAACCCCACUGUCUCUUCCCAGUUUUAUGGGGUGCUGCUGGGCACUAUCUGUGUCCUCUACCUGCUGCCCCUCUGCUGGGUCCUGGCCAUCCUCAAUAGCACCCUCUUUCUGGGCAACACCCAGUUCUACCAAGUGAUCAUGGAGCUCAAGGCCUCCAUCGAGCAGUGUGUGGGCUCCAAACCCCUCGAGAGCACUCCAGAGCCUGCUGAGCCCCUGCCACCAGCUGCUGCCCCGGAUCGGACCCCCACCCCCACCAGUGCAGAGGACCUUACCCCUGGCAGUGUGGAGGAAGCAGAGGAGGCGGAACCUGAUGAAGAGUUCAAAGAUGCAAUUGAGGAGAACCAGCUGCUGGUCAUGGUGAGUACUGCCAUGCCAGGGUGUGGUAUCUGCUCCCAGCUGGAGCUUUGCCUGGUUUGCCAGUGGCUUGUAGGAAUGCCAGCUGGAGCACCCGGCUUGUUGGGUGCCUGCAGCCCUCAGUGUGCCCCCAGCCACCCUGCUGUGCUCAGCUGGCUCUGCUCUCUGCAGGAGGAUGAUGAGAGCUCUCAGUGCUCAGCAGAUUUUGACCUCAGCCUCCCAGACAAUGGUUUUAUGAGCAAGAAUGAGGUGAUCCGCAGCAAGGUGUCCCGCCUGACCGAGCGCCUGCGCAAGCGCUACCCCAGCAACAACUUUGGGAACUGCACAGGCUGUGCUGCCACCUUCUCUGUGCUCAAGAAGAGGCGGAGCUGCAGUAACUGUGGGAACAGCUUCUGCUCCAGGUGUUGUUCCUUCAAAGUCCCCAAGGCUGUGAUGGGAGCCACGGCCCCGGAGGCUCAGAAGGAGACAGUGUUCGUGUGCGCGCUCUGCAACCAGGUGCUCAUCAAGUGAUGAAACAGGCCCUUCCAGCUCCUGUGUCCUGCACUGCCUGACACCUGGGACAGCGGGCAGGCACUCCUGCCACUGGCAGCCUGGAGUGUUUGGAUCCCAGCAUGGCAUUCCCCUGCCAGAGGAUGCUUGCACUUGUGCUCCUCCUGCCAGCGCCAGGCUGGACGGACCAGCCUUCCUUGCCAUGCACCAGCUGGGUCGCUGUGGUGGAGCACUGCCCACGGCUGUGCCCCAUCCCUGCAGCUGCUCCAAGCCCUGGGUGCUCUCUGGCACUUGCUGUGCCCUGCCACGUGCUUGCCCAGGCCCUUUGGCCUGGCUCAGUGAUGGAAGAGCCAUCAUUCCUACUCGUGGUCCUGCCUUCACCUCCUCGGUGGGGCAGAACAACCUCAGGGCUCUGUCCCUACCUUUCCCAGCACUGUGCUACAAGUGACUGUAUUUUUGGGAUCAGUUCAGAGCUUCUCCUGCAUCCUUUGGGGUCUAGACUAGCUAGGUCUUUCAUCCUGGCUCAGCUGAGACUCUGCUAGUCACUCCUGUGCUCCUCAGCCUCACUGCCUGCAGGUUUAGUCUUUUCCCACUGAAUUUGGCUGUAACCCAGAGGAGGAAAGAGAAUGAGUUUGGAUUGGGCUGUGUGGCUGGGUCUCCAGUGUGACAAAAGGCAGGAGUUGGUGCUGCUCUGUGCACUUAGUGACUGCUGCUUUCUACUACAGAUUAAUAUAUAAAUGCAUAUAGAGAAUGACCAAUAAAUCUCUUGUCCUCA